GUUGGCACCACUGAAAAAGGAUCCAUCACACUCAACCUGACUGUAAACCAACCGCCUGGCCAUUCUUCAAUGCCUCCUGCCGAGACUAGCAUUGGGAUUCUUGCAGCAGCUGUAUCCAGGUUAGAAAACAAUCCAAUGCCAAAUAUGUUUGGUGAAGGUCCCGAGGCUUCCAUGUUUGAGCAGCUCUCAAGAGAGUUUUAUUUUCCUCUGAAUGUCAUGAUGGCAAAUUUAUGGCUGUUCUCUCCAGUCAUUAGCAGAGUUCUAGAAAAAACUCCAUCAAGCAAUGCUAUUGUGCGAACAACUACUGCAAUAACCAUCUUUAAUUCUGGAUUAAAGUCCAAUGUGAUCCCACACAUGGCGAGAGCUACAGUCAAUUUCCGUCUCCACCCAGCUCAAACAGUUGAUGAGGUUAGUGCAUUG